GCCGGGCUCCACGUGACCCCGGUUCGCUGAAUCGCGCCCAGGAGCCGCGGCUACCGGCUGCCAUGGGCCUGGCCGCGCGCCUGCUGCUGCCCGGCCUGCUGCUGGCCCUGAGCGCGGGGCAGGGCCUGGGGUCCGGCCGCCGCCCCCCGCCGCAGAGCGGCCCGGAGGGGUGGGCGCUCGGGGGCGGGCGCCGGCUGCUGUCCCUGGAGCUGCUGGAGGAGGCCGAGGACCUGUCGCUGGCCCUGCUGGGGAUGGGGCUCCCCGGGGCGCUGCCGCCCGAGUGCCGGGAGCUCCUGGUGGGCUUCGCCAACAGCAGCGUGAGGCUCACCGGCUGCCUGGUGCGGAGCGCCCGGCCCGUGCGCCUCUGCCAGAGCUGCUACCGCCACUUCCAGAGCGUCACGGAGCAGCUGGAGAACAUCACCCGGGCCGUGGGGAAUUCUUCUGAGAGCAACUGUGCAAAAAGCCUCUUGAUGUCCGAUAGGGUACAGCUAGUUGUGAUCCUUUCGCAGUUCUUUAACAGUACUUGGGAGAAGGCCAACUGUGCAAAUUGUUUGAAGAACAACAGUGAAGGGCUAUCAAAUAGUACAAUAGAGUUCCUGAACUUAUUCAAUACAACACUGACGUGCUUCGAACAUAACUUCCAGGGGCAAGCAAUCAGUGUUGUACCAAGCAACCACACAGAAGUAUGCAGAAACUGCAACCAAACUUACAGAAAUCUGAAUGCCUUGUAUAACAAAAUGCAAAAAAUGACUGAACAGGGAUCAGAACACAGAACACACUUGUGUAUUGAUGUGGAAGAUGCAAUUAACAUUACACGAAGGCUUUGGAGUAGAACUUUCAACUGUUCCGUCCCGUGCAGUGAUACGGUCCCAGUGAUUGCAGUUUCUUCAUUCAUUCUCUUUUUACCAGUCAUUUUUUACCUUAGUAGCUUCCUUCACUCAAAGCAGAAGAAACGUAUACUUAUUCUGCCCAAGCGUAUCCAAUCAAAUGCCAGUCUUGUGAACAUCCAAGAAAAAUACAGCUGAGCUGCAAAACAAAACCAGAAAACUGCAACUGGGUAUAUAUUGGGUACAAUUGUGGUGGAAGGAGGACAGCACAAAAGAGGAGUUAAUUAUGGUUUAUUGUUGCUCUGUAUCAUUACACAAGUUAAACAAAAUGCUGUCUGACUCCUAAACGGGUAUAUUAACAAACAUGACAAGGCAGGGCUAUGAGACACACUGUGGAUUUCUGAUUUGAAAAAUUUAGUUCUUUCCAGACUAGUGCUGAAGCUGGUUAUUUUCUGAUUCUUUGACUGCAGGUUUUUGUACCUUUCAUCAACAGAGUGUGUACUUUUCCUGUAUGUUUUUUCCUUUAUUUAAUUUUCUAUAUUGACUCCAUAAAAAUCUAGUAUGACAGUUGUGUUCAUUUCCAGGCAUUUUAGUACAGUCUGAGACCUGAUAACCUUUCUGAUGUGGUUCUUAUGAACUAGCAAAGCUUAAUAUAAUUUGUUUUGGUUUAAUUCAGUAACAGAAUUAGAACAUUUCAAAGUAAAAAUGCCAUCUUACCACAUUUGGGUAGACUUGUACUACAGAUUUCAAAAAUUAGCCCCCUUACAUAGCAUCUCUUGAUAGACACAGCCAUGCUGCUUAGUUCAUUUUAGUGGUCUUUAUUUAAAAAAAAAAAUGCAAGGAAAGUGGUAGAUUUCUGGCAACAAAUACAGCAGGUCUGCCAGUGCUAGACAUUAAUAGUAAUCAUUGACAACUACAGUAUUUGGCUAUUUCAGAAAAUGUUUCAUAUUAGCGCAUAUUUGGGCACUUGCACGCUUAAACCACGAAGUCGUUGCUUUUCAAAUGAUUGGAGGCUUAUUUUUAGGUAUGAUGCAUAUCUGUAUGUAUAGUCAGAUGUGUCUUUGUGUUUGUCCCUUAUUUCACUCGUUUAAUCUCCUUUUUAUUUAUAUAUAUAUAGAGAAAAUAUUUUAAAAUGGUAACCUGAGUAAAAGUCACUGGAGAUGCUGAAUUGUGCUUGGUGUAGAACUUCCUCUGGUUUAAGAUACAAAUGGGUUUACGUGAAAAAGAUAUAUUUUAGUAGUGAGUAGGGCACCGAUGUUCUAUAACUCUAGAACUGGCAUAAAGUGAAUGUGCUGUGCCCGGAUCUCUGAUUUUAUGUAUCCAAAUUUGCAAUCAAUACUUUCUAGAAAUUUACUGAGGAUGAGGUCCAUUUAGUAGAUUAAAAUAAACUCAAACUCUGUAGGAUAUUGUAGAGCUGAAGCAAAAGGUCACAUCAUUGUUACUAAAGUUAAUGGGACUGUAGAAAGGACACCGUUCUAAAGAUGCAUUAAUACAGGAUAUCCAGGCUGGUAAAUCCUAGGCCUACAUUUUUCUGAAUUUUCUACUAUAGUAAAAUGAAGAAACUUCAGUGUGGUUGUAAUGAGGUUUGGAGGCUUCAUGCUGCUAUUCAGUCCAUCCCAUUUUACAACUUUAAGACUAAAGGGACACAUCAACUGGGAAAUCACAUUUCUUUUUGAAAAUGUUAUGCCUAUGAUUAUUAUACAACUGAAAAGGUAGCAAUGUAUUUCUUUCUUUUACCUUGUGUCUUUUGACAGCACUUUUGUGUUUAGUUAGUUUCACUGUUUUGUCUCCACAGCCAAUUAGUCACUUUUUUCCCUUGCCCAAACAAACAUCAGCAGGGGAGCAAAAUAAUCUUAAAGCACUUUAAAACAACAACAACAAUAAUUAUUAUUUAAAGAAUUAAGGCAUACUGUCAUUUAAAAAGAAAACCAAGUUGAUAAUGUGUCAGUAUUAAGUAACAUGAUGUGUUAGCAUUUGGCUGAUAUCCAUACAACUGCUUCCUGGUAUUUUGUGAGUAGGAAGUAUUAUCUCCCUCUGUUAAUCACAUGAAUCGCCUUGAAUGGUUGAUUUGUGUUGAAAGGCUAAAUAGGGUUGGAUUUCUUGUCUGAGGAAAUAUAUUUUUGACACUUUGGUCUGCUAUAGAUAAAGUGUCAAAAUAGUAGAAGAAUAUAUUUGUUGCUUAUCACAUGGUUAUCUUCAUAGGACAGAGGGGAAAAUUGCCUUUGUUUUAAAUGACUAUUUUUAUAUCUAUUGUGCUCAAAUUUCAGCUUACUGGGCCUUAUUCAACUGCUGUCCUAAUAGCAUUCCUUUGAUUUGAGGCAUCAUAUGAUUGAGGGCUGUUCAAAGCAAUCUUUCAUUCAUGCUGAUAAAACCAGUUUGUAUGUGCAGUGUUACAGAAUAGCUUUCAUACCGUAAGCAGUGGCUUUUUGAGUACAUUCAUAUUAAGUAGGUCUGAAAGUCAUUACUCUUGGAUAUGGUGGUUAAGCACUUUAUUUAAAAAAAAAAAAAAAAAAGCAGCUUUUGUUUUUUCCUGGCUGCUAAGCCAAAUGAAAGUACUCGUGAUUGUUUUUAAAAAAAGCCGCAAAGUUUACACUCUAGAAAUAAUUGAUAUCCUACAUCUUCUCAAAUGUCACUGUUUUUUCCUUUUUGUUUCCUUGUAAUGCUAGCUUUCUUUACAUGUUUUUAAGUGUACAGUAUCUUUCAUAUAAAAUGCAUUGGGUCUUGUUAAUAUUCUGAUGUUUCUAUAAAUGCUUACAGCCUCCUGUCCCUAAAGGAAGUGUGGUGGUGCACAAAACAUGCAGGGAAAAAAAGCUAACUUUAUUUGGCUGGUAAUUUUUAACUGUUGUUUGCCAUUUUUAUAACUGUAUAUAAGAUACAAUUAAAAAAAAUCUUACUUUGAAGUACCAGUUGUUUGUAUUUUUGGUACAAACAAAUGUGUUUAUCCUUGGGUAGCAUUAUCUAUUUUUGGAUUAGAAAACCUGUAUACACUGAAAAUGAACAAAUAUUGUAUUGAAUAAACAUGUUGUGUAUAGAA